AUGUCUAACAAUCCUAAAGUGGUGUCCGAAGAGGAAAGGAUAGCAUUUCUGUUAAAGCUAUCAUUAGAUGAUGUGAUCCGCGACUGGAGUCUACUGGACUACGGCCUCCCACGAGACCAAUGGAAGUACACUAACGUAAGAGUAGACAACUCGAGGGACAGACCACCGGUAAGGCGUGCGGCCAACGAUGGCUACCGGGGCGACGCCGGGAGGCUAUUCGUCCACAAUGUUAGUUACAAUACGACUGAACAAACUUUUCGGUCGACGUUUGAACCGUUCGGACCUCUGAUCAGAUCGGGACUGAACUACACGGGUGAGGGCCGGUCGAUGGGCUCCGGGUUUGUCAUAUAUGAGCGCAAACAGGACGCUCGGAAUGCCUUCUUCGGACUCAAUGGCAAGACGGUUGACGGCAGGCCUUUGCGAAUAUCUUUUGUCAACGGUUCCAGUGGUGGAGAUAAUAGUCGAUGCGAUGGCCAGCGUAAGGUCAGGGAUGAGAAUAUAUCGUCUUCGAGCAGCGCCUGUAGACGAGACUCGGAUUUGGAUCAAUACGCGGAUAAUAAGCCCAAACGGCUCCGACCAGUCAUAACCUAUGAUUAA